GCCUGCGCACCCUCUCCAGUCCGCGGUGCCAUGGCCCCCGCCCGUCUGUUCGCGCUGCUGCUGCUCUUCGUAGGCGGAGUCGCCGAGUCGAUCCGAGAGACUGAGGUCAUCGACCCCCAGGACCUCCUAGAAGGCCGAUACUUCUCCGGAGCCCUACCAGAUGAUGAGGAUGUAGUGGGACCCGGGCAGGAAUCUGAUGACUUUGAGCUGUCUGGCUCUGGAGAUCUGGAUGACUUGGAAGACUCCACGAUCAGCCCUGAAGUUAUCCAUCCCUUGGUGCCUCUAGAUAACCAUAUCCCUGGGAAGGCAGGGUCUGGGAGCCAAGUCCCCACUGAAACCAAGAAACUGGAGGAGAAUGAGGUUAUUCCCAAGAGGAUCUCACCCAUUGAAACAAGUGAGGAUGUGUCUAACAAGGUGUCCAUGUCCAGCACUAUGCAGGGCAGCAAUAUCUUUGAGAGAACGGAGGUCCUGGCAGCUCUGAUUGUGGGUGGCGUCGUAGGCAUCCUCUUUGCCGUCUUCCUGAUCCUCCUGCUCAUGUACCGUAUGAAGAAGAAGGAUGAAGGCAGCUAUGACCUGGGCAAGAAACCCAUCUACAAGAAAGCCCCCACCAAUGAGUUCUACGCGUGAAGCUUGCUUGUGGGCACUGGCUUGGACUUUAGCAGGGAGGGAAGCCGGGGGAUUUUGAAGGGUGGACAUUAGAGUAGGGUGAGGUCAACCUAAUACUGACUUGUCAGUAUCUCCAGCUCUGAUUACCUUUGAAGUGUUCAGAAGAGACAUUGUCUUCUACUGUUCUGCCAGGUUCUUCUUGAUCUUUGGGCCUCAGUUUCCCUGGCAGAAAAAUGGGUUCAACUUUCUGGCCUUUCUGAAGGCAAGCCUGGGAUUGGAUCACUUCUCAAACUUCCAGUUAAGAAUCUAGGUCUGGCCUCAAGCCCAUACUGACCAUGCCUCAUCCAGAGCCCCUCUGAAGCCAGGGGGCUAACGGGUGUUGUGUGGAGUCCUGGCUGGAGGUCCUCCUGCAGUGGCCUUCCUCCCUUCCUUUCACAGCCGGUCUCUCUGCCAGGAACUGGGGGAAGGAACUGGAACCACCCGCGCCUUGAGAUGUUUCUGUAAAUGGGUACUCGUGAUCACACUACGGGAGUCUCUGUGGUAUAUACCUUGAGCCAUUCUAGGCUCUUUCAAGUGACUUUUGGAAAUCAAUCUUUUUUAUUUGGGGGGGAGGAUGGGGAAAAGAGCUGAGAGUUUAUGCUGAAGUGGAUUUAUAGAAUAUUUGUAAAUCUAUUUUUAGUGUUUGUUCGUUUUUUUUUUUUUUACUGUUCAUUCCUUUGUGCAGAGUGUAUCUCUCUGCCUGGGCAAGGGCGUGGAGGUGCCGAGGUGUCUUCAUUCUCUUGCACAUUUCCACGGCACCUGCUAUGUUUCUAUUUAAUGGUUUUUGUUUUUGUUUGUUUCUUGAAAAUGAUAGAAGAGCUGGAGAGAUGAUUUUUAUUAAUUUUUUUUUUUUUUUUUUUACUAUUU